AUGCUUCCUCUAGACAGUUCAGCUAAAUGAAGCGCCACUUAUGUAACUGCUGUGCGAAGUGAAAGCUAUGAUUACAUGCAUCGGGGAGGGUUGAAGUGCUACGUGCAUUGUCAAGUGCUAAGUUUGUAGUGGAGUGUUAAGGACAGGGUGGCUUUUUACGCGGGCAGUGCUCACGCUGGACAUGGGAUGCAUUUAGCCGACAGUGCGCACGUAUGGACGCCGUGAAGAGGACGUGGGAGCGGUAUGAUCUGUCGCUCGGAUCGGAUCUCGGACUUUGACAUGAUGAGAAAAUGUGAAGCGGAAUUGCAUGGCCCUGGUAGACAUCGCGCCGAUGAGCUUCCUUCUCAUCUUGUUCCUCAUUUUGGUCUCGGGAUUUGGGAGUAAACCCAGGAAGCAUAAAUCAAAGAGAACCUUGAGGUGUAUCUGUGCUGUCUGGGGCAUAGGCAGUAAUCUGGAGUACCAUAUAACCCUUGAGGGCUGGAAUUCUUUCUUAAUUCUAAGCUGUUUGAGCGUGUUUACGACUCGCGUGGAUGCUCACAAAGAGCAGAGUCUAAAAGAACUGCAGUUGGUGCUCAACAAUAUGACUCCUUGGAUUAAUGUAUCGUCAGCGUUCUUGUACGCACCUAACCCAGAUGUAAAUAAAUGCACUAAAAAGAUGAUGUACUGCUACUUGCUGGAGUUGAAUGUUCUACUACACGAGGAAGAGUACAGAGGCAAAGAAGACUUCUUACAAAUAGUUUAUACUAUCACAAAGGACUACUACUUCUUCGGCAAAAACUGCAGCAUGUGUUCACCAUGUGAAAAUCACCCACUUGUCAACUCCACAACAUUCUCUGCAAAGAUGGAGGAAUUUCUUAAGAAACUGCUUUCAAAACUGCCAUACGAUCCCGACAACUGUGAAUAGUACACUAAAGGUACACCACAGCCCUGAUGUAAGCUUUCUUGUUGGGUUUUUUUUUAUUUUUUAUUUUUGCAUGUAGUCAAACAGACUGAAACUGUAUUAACGCCAUUAACUCUGAUGCUAUGUUAGUAUUUAUUAUUAACACAAAGACCUACAUUAUACAAAGUUGUUAUGCGGAGGUCAAGUGUGCUAAUUUGAUCCAUUUUCUUUUGUUUUAUAAAUGGUUUAAAUCUAUUUUUGUACAACUUUGGUUUCUUUUCUUUCGUUCAGUUUGAUGUAGCACAUACAAUUAGCUGUGAUAAAUAAAUGUUUUGAAUGCCUAAAAAAAAAAAAAAACAUCCCGAGAUACAUGAGGAGAUAAGAACGCUGUUCCUCUGAGCAGUGUGUUUAUUCCAGCCAUAAAGAGGCAUGAUCUAAAGGUGUCUAGGAAAAUAUUCCGUCUUUUGUCUUGUCUAUAAUAUAGAUGAUGUGAUGUGUUAAAAGCUGUGCUGGAUGCCAUGUUUUGCCCAAAUUAUAUUUGCUAUAGAAUGUGGUGAAAGCCCUAAAUAUUAGUGGAAGACUGUUGGAGUGGGAUGGAUUUCUAGCUAUUUAUUUGCACAUAUCCUUUGCUAAAGUAUUUCUCAGAAAGAAAAAAAAUUCACUGGCACAAUUUUAUAGGAAAGCAAUCCAAAUUCUUCCAAAUUACUUGCACUGGACUCAAUUAUUCCACUGCUGUGACGAACAUCAGUGCCUUCAUGUCCAAAAAGAGCGGGAUGCUCCCUUCAUGUGGAAUAAAAAUACUUUGGAAUAUUGACGACUGAUGGAAAAACCAGAGAUCGGGUCAGCAGCGGUGUUACAGUGCUGUUGUGUUGAGUGAAGCAGGACAUCAGGAAGUUCAAUCUACAUCUCUGUCCUCGCAAAUGGUGACAAGAUGCAGGAGGAAGAAAUGACUGAGUGACCUGGGCUUGGAGUAAAGCUCUGCAAUUUGGAAGAAGCUCAGAUUAGAGCUAGAUUAAAAAGACACAGUCAAGGUGGUUUGGACAUGACAUGAAGCAUGGGAAAACCCAGGAUCUGCUGGAGACAUUGUAUUGCAAAAAAGCCGGCCUGGGAACAUCCAUUGAGAGGAACUGGAUUCUCAGGUAAAGGACCGAAAAAUCUGGACUGACCUUCUUGGCUUGUUUGCUAGCAUGACUUUUUAUGAGUUUGUGUUUCUACACAUGAACCUGCCCUUAACAUCAACUUAAAAAAAUAAGAUAAAGAAAAGCUUAAAGGAAAUGAUUCAUAAUGUUACUGAGUAUAAAAUGCUAUAUAUGUCUUUGUGUGUCCUUAAAAUCUAGAUGUCUCUAGAAACAUUAUAGGGAUUUGAAAUGGUCUCUCUUGUACCAGGGAGCUCAUGAUGCUAACUACCUUUUUCCUGUUUCAUUUGAACACAUUUUUUUAAUCAUAAACAUCUCCACACAAUUCCAAAAACAGGACCGGGUUUGAAACUUUAACAACGUUUUCUACUGGUCCUACUGAUGUCUCCAGGCCUAAGCUAGGAAGUCUAAAUAAAUGUGAUUUGUUUAAACACUUUUCUAGCUGAACCUCACACUAGGUUUGAGUCUUUGUAACACUGGAGUGAAAUGACUGGACUGACAUUUCCUCACUGCCCACACUCCAUCGCUGCUUAAACACAUUAACUAUAACAAGAACGCAAUCCAAACUUUUGCUUAUUGACUUAACCCAGGUCAUGAUGCCAAACUGACCAAUAUACAUCAAACCAAAUAAUCCAUUUAUGUACAGUACUGUUGUUUUGUAUGUGACCAUCAAACUCAUUCCAGAAACAGAUAUUUAUUAUGUCGUAUACAUAAUAUCCGUGUAUCAAAGAUGUGUGCACUAUGUUCCAUAUCCUUACAGAAUUACAUAUGCUGUCUUUAACUCUGUUUGGAGACUAAUGAAUUAUAAUAAAGCAGUUAUUCACA